AUGUUGGAAAAGUAUCUGGUACGAGAGGCGAGACGGGAUAGGGAAAGAUCUUUGGAGGAUCAGCAGACAUAUUCUCGUAAAUUUGAUCUCCAUCAGUAUUUUUCACCGGCUAGUAGAAAUACCAAGAGAUUCAUCUAUUAUGAUAAAUCUUCUGGGAUUUCUCAUGUCCAUGAUGCUAAUGAGAUGGCCGGGGACAAGAACAGUCUAGUGGUUGCUGUUGAUGGAGCUUGCUCUGAAGACGGGAGCGGCUCGGAAUGCAAAUCAUCUUAUGGGAUAUUCUUCGGGGAGAAUUCAAGUUUCAAUACAUAUGAUGCGAUAGAGGGAUUUGAUGGGGAGCAGCAAAGCAGAGACUACGCGCGGCUGGUGGCCGUUGAUUGUGCUCUGGAUCUCAUAAAGAACAGCUCAGUCCUGGAAAACUGGCGGUCCAAUGGCGAGCGUGAAGGAUCAUUCACAAUCAUCAUCAUGACGGACUCAAAACAUGUCUACGAUACCUUCACCAAAUCGAUUUGGUUAUGGCGCAAAGAUGGCUUUGAAAAUCAUGAAGGUAAACAGGUGGUUAAUGGUGAGUUGGUAGACAAGAUUGAUAAUGCUAUUUUGGAUCUUGCGGAGGGCAAAGUUUUGGUUCGAUUUUGGAGCGUGCCGAGAGAGGAUAAUAUAGAAGCGGAGGAAUUGGCAAUUCGUGCUUUGCAAGAUUGA